AUGGUUGGACGCAAGCGCACAAGAAGCAAGACCUUCAUGACCACUCAAUUCGCGACAAGUCUGAGCUGUCACGACAGUGCGACGAUGAGCCAACUGCAGUGUUCAGCUGUCGAGACCGUGGUUGCCAUUGUUGUUCCAACCGCCUCCAUAUCACCUCUUUGCCCCCAUUGCCGAGACCACUAUUCCAGUGCGAACUGCAGAGCCUCCUUGCCAUCCAACAACAAAGGUGGUCCAGCAAUCAACUCCACCUUGUUGCCGUAUAUCCCCACAGUUGAAACAACAAUUCCACCUCAUGGCUCCGUGGCCGGAACCAACCUGCAUCCAUAUGGCCUCACAACUGAAUCCGCUAGUCACGACCAUUUUGGCGCUGCCGCCAAUUUUGGCUCUCUUGUGGAACAACUGCAUCAAUUCCCUUCUUUGUCAUUCGCGCCUAACGUAUGCUCCCGCGCACACCUCCAAUGA